AUGGUUUCCUUCGACACUAUUUGGCCAGCAGACAGUCUAGAGUUUUGUCCCGCACCUGGUUUCCAGGACAUUUUUGUGUGUGGUACCUAUAAGCUUCUUGAAGACCCUGCCCAGGCCUUAACUGAACCGAGCGCUGAGGCCAAUGGAAAGUCAAAAAUCUCUCAAAGUCGGCGAGGGCAAUGUCUAGCGUUCAGAGUAAUACCAGAAGCUAAAAACGGUUACUCUUUCCAACAGGUCCAAUCGUUUGACCUCCCCGCGAUUUUGGACAUGAAAUGGUCUCAUGGAUCAAACGAAGAUGGUCCUAUACUAGGAAUCAGUGAUUCAGAAGGACAUAUCACCCUUCAUUCGUGGAGAGAGCAAUCGUUCAAAAAAAUUGCAUCGAUUCAGUGCGCAUCUGAAGACACACUUUGUCUGUCCAUGGACUGGUCAGAUCGACGAACGAGUGUAACUGGCCAUGGUAAUUUGGUGGUCUCGUUGUCGAAUGGAAAUCUUUGCCUUCUUUCCCCCACCGAAGGAUCAAAUCUGGAGGUCACAGAAACAUGGCAUGCCCAUGAUUAUGAACCAUGGAUCGCAGCUUGGAACUAUUUUGAUACGAAUGUAAUCUACUCAGGCGGAGAUGACCUGAAGUUGAAGGGUUGGGACAUCCGACAAGGAUUCGCACAACCCGCAGUCGUUAAUAAAAGGUUUGAUGCAGGAGUCACUUCAAUACAGAGCCAUCCACAUAUUCAACAUCUCCUUGCAGUUGGAAGUUACAACAAUACAGUGCAACUAUUCGACGCCCGUAAAUUAACAGCGUCUGUGGCGGAAGUGGAUGUUGGAGGAGGAGCGUGGCGAGUCAAGUGGCAUCCGUCCGAAACACGCAAACACGAUCUCCUUGUGGCGUGUAUGCAUGACGGAUUCAAGGUCAUCCGCUUCGAUUCCGCUAGCGAUAACGACUGGAUUUCUGGACCUUCUCAGAUCAUCAACCACUUCGAUGAACACGAAUCCAUGGCAUACGGUGUUGAUUGGUCCUACGAUGAUUCUCUUGCUGGGGAGGAAACAUUAGUCGGAGGAUGCUCUUUUUAUGACCACAAGAUGAGCCUGUGGUCGACUUAA